AUGGCAACCCCGUUUACUUACCAUGCCAAGGCGCAGUCAACCUUUAAGCCUCCUUUGAUCGCGAACGAGAAUGCCUUCUUGGGCGAUGUCAUCUCCAGCGACAAGGAUAAUGCUGAAAAGCCUAUCUCCUGUGGUUUCUAUCGAUUGGAAAAAGGCACUCCGCUGGUCUACACGUAUACCUAUGAUGAGAUGAAGAUCAUUUUGGAGGGCCAAUUCGAGAUCUCGGACGAGACGGGCCAGAAGGUGACCGCGUCCCCCGGAGAUGUCUUUUACUUCCCGAAGGGAGCGAAGAUUACAUUCACCACCGAGACCUAUGGGCUAGCAUUCUAUACGGGUCAACGGGCGGAGGGGGCCGCGUGA